AUGAGCACUAAGAAGUUGAUGCUGGAGCUCUUGUCUGAGAUCCAAAUUGCCAAAAAGAAGGCUUUUGAGGUCAGAUGGAAGAAUGAUUUGAAGGAGACCAGAGCCCGUUUGGCCUACGAGAAAAUCCACCGCAUUAAGUCCAAGCAGCCCUAUCAAGAUGUCGAGCUCAAACUCAAGAAAAUCGACUCUGGAGAGAUCGAUUAUCCCGAAUUUCCUUCUGGAGCGCUCGCGCAAAUGCUUGAAAAGGAGUCAGACGUACGGAACUUGAAGAACGUAGUGACAUUUCUUCAGAACCAGAGAACUUACAAUGAGCUACUAGAGAGAUACAAUCCUGGCUUGACUAUGAGUCAGGAGGACAAUGUGCGUAAGACCGCCAACAUGGUGGGAUUGGCUGUUCCUGAGAAUUAG